ACUUAUCCCCAAGUGAUUAACAAUAGGAACUCCUAAUGAAAUAUCCAAAUGAAAAUGUAAUACACCUGUAUUUUUCAAGAUAAGAUUUGUAUUCUUUUGACACUGGCGAAAUCUAUGAUGAACUGAUGGUUAUUCGUUUGUUGUUGAGAAAAAAAGAUGCGCAUUUUGAGCCAGGAAGACGCCGAAAGGCUCAUCGUCGAAAUCCCGGAGAUUGAGAAACUCCGGUCCUGUUCCAAAUCAUACAGUGCGAAACCUCAUUUAGCUGGGGAUCUACAACACGCGGAACGUAUCCGAGACCUGUGGCGUUCUUACGGCAUUUCCACUGAACUUGUCCGCUACGAUGUGCUGCAGAAUUUCCCCAAACACUCAGCGCUGAGCCUCCACGAAGAAAACGCCGACUCGGUCGCUUUCAGCGCAAGUCUGAAGGAGGAUGAAGUUCCAGAAGAUCCAACAUCAUCCCCAGAAAACGGAUUACCAUCCUUCUUUGGAUUCGGCGCGAAUGGUACGGUACAUGCCGAGUUGGUCUAUGCGAAUUUUGGCAUGCUAUCGGAUUUUCAGCUGCUCGAGUCAAGAGGCAUAUCCGUCAAGGGCAAGGUCGUGAUCUGCAAGUACAGCAAAGUCUUCAGGGGAUUAAAGGUCCGAGCGGCAGAGAAAUUUGGUGCAAUCGGAGUUAUUAUAUACAAUGACCCCCAAGAGGACGGGAAGUACACCGUAAAGAACGGGUACGAGGCGUUUCCGCACGGUCCUGCAAGACACCCAAAAAGCAUUCAGCGUGGCAGCGUUGAUUUCUUUUCCGUCUGUGUCGGCGACCCCACUACACCAGGUUAUCCAAGCCUGCCAGGUGACGACACAGAACGAAGAGAUCCAAAGCACGCAGUCCCUUCUAUUCCUUCCCUGCCGAUUUCGUUUAGUGAUGCGAUUCCAUUCCUCAAGGCGCUUAAUGAUCAAGGAUUGAGUCCUGAUGAAAUUGGUGGCGUAGAAAGCGAUUGGAAGGGAGCUUUGGACGACAUCGAUUAUGAUACUGGCCCGAGCAAAGCAAAGGUUACACUACGGAGUGAAGGGGAUUAUCGCUACUCUCCAAUAUAUAAUGUGAUCGGAACUAUUGAGGGCUUAACUGAUGAAUCCAUCGUAUUGGGAAACCAUCAUGACUCCUGGUGUUGUGGCGCAAUUGACCCAGUAAGCGGGAGUGCAGCGAUGAAUGAAGUAGCGAGAGGGCUUGGCGACUUAAUAGGCAAAGGUUGGAAACCGUACAGAAAAAUUGUUCUAGCUUCUUGGGAUAAUGAGGAGUACGGGCUCAUAGGUUCUACUGAAUAUGGCGAGGACAAUGCCAAAUGGCUGACAGAGAACUGUGUCGCUUAUAUCAACGUUGACGAAUCAACUAAUGGUGGCAACAUUCUUGGGGCCUACGGGAGCCCCUUGCUGACUCACAUACUCCGCGACGCAACGAACGUAAUACCCUCGCCAGUUAAUGAAGGCAAGACAGUAUGUGAAGAUUGGCUGGAUCUCCAACGAGAAGCCGUGGAUUCUCUCGAGAAACCUAAUUUGACUGUGAUGGGUACUGGGAGCGAUUACACUGUCUUCUUUCACCACCUCGGUAUCUCCUCCAUAGACCUCCUUUUCAAUCAAAAGGGAACAUCCGUCUACCCAUACCACUCAAACUAUGAUAGUUACUACUGGGUCGACAAGUUUGGGGACCCAGGUUUCAAGAAGCACCAAGCCAUGGCUAGGCUUUGGGGCCUCCUCACUGUUAAACUAGCCGGAAUUCCUGUGCUCCCAUUCAGAGCUUCCGACUACACAGAGGCCUUGAAGCGGCACGUUCAGUCGCUUCGUGGCAAGGGUGUACCUGGUCUAGAUCUUCAGCCUUUAGAGGUUUCUAUUUCCCGAUUCGAAGUAACGAUGAAGACACUUGACUCAAGCGUGCAUCGGGUGGAAUUGGACACAUCCCGCCAGAUAUCGCCGAAAGCAAUUGAAGCGAACAAAGCCUACAUUAAGCUCGAAAGGUCUUUUCUGCUCGAAAAUAGUGGCUUACCAGGGCGGCCCUGGUAUAAACAUAUGAUUUUUGCGCCUGGACUAUGGGCGGGAUACGAUGGGGUAGUGUUUCCCGGCGUUACCGAAUGCAUUGAAGAUAACGAUAUUGAAGGUGCCAACAUGUGGACCCAAGAAGUCGCAAAAGUCAUAAAUAAGGCUUGCGCGGUCGUUGAAAGCGCCAGGUUAAAUUGAUUUUUGCUUCAUCUCAGGGCAGUAUGGUAUUUUGCAUCUUGGUGACACUCCUUCGAUUUUCAUCGUCAGUCACCUAACGAAAGAUGAACAAAAUACGUGUAUAUCCACUCGACUCAACUAUCUAUCGCACAUACUUUGAAAAGUAAGCUAAGUUAAAAUUUACUUAAACUCAUUUUACCAUAUCUCGUUGCGUAAAUGCGAACAAGACAGGUUUUUAACCCCUAAAUCUUCUCGCGUAACACAAUACCCCCUUUUUCAACUUCAUGAGGAAAACUGGAUAUCAUAUUCUAACUAAAGCCAAUAGCCGCUCAGACUUCCCCUCCGCCCCUAAGCCGCCAUCGUUAUAACUCCACAUAUUCAUCUUUGUCAGCGAAAAUGUACCCAGUAGGCAGUCUCACGAUCUCUUAGUGUACAGAGAGAACUUACGUGAUCAUUAACAUAUUCU